UACUUUUUCUUGCUGAGAAAAUGCAGAACUCAUACAGAGACCCUGGGGCGGGAAAAAGCGCGUUUCUCUCAUUUCGUGGGAAGGAGCCUCUCCGGAGCCCAGGCCCUCGGCACCCCGCGGCUCUCAGGCGGGAUCCAGCGUCGGCGCCGGUGCCAUCGCCAUGCCCGCCGCCAACUGCUCGGCGCCCAGCGCGGCCGUGGAGGUGACCGUGGGCGCGCUGCUCGUGCUGGAGUGCGCGCUGGGCCUCCUGGGCAACGCCGUGGCGCUGUGGACCUUCUGCUUUCGCCUGAAGGUGUGGAAGCCCUACGCCGUCUACCUGCUCAACCUGGCCGCCGCUGACCUCCUGCUGACCUUCUGCCAGCCCUUCCACGCCGCCUUCUACCUGAGACGCAAGACCUGGCCCUGGGGACACGCGUCGUGCCAAACCCUGCUCUUCCUGCGCGUCCUCAGCCGCGGGGUGGGCGUCGCCUUCCUUGCGGCCGUGGCUCUGGACCGCUACUUCCGCGUGGUCCACCCUCGGCUGAAGGUCAACCUCCUGUCCCCGCGGGCCGCCUGGGGGGUGUCGGGCUUCAUGUGGCUGCUGCUGCUCGGCCUCACCCACCAGAGCCUGUUCGCCUCGGAGGCUGCGUGUCCCGGUCCGGAGCCCCAGGGAGGCACGUCCCUGAGGCUGCUCUGGCAGGAAGCCCUGCAGUUUAUCCUCCCCUUCGGCCUCAUCCUGUUCUGCAACGCUGGGGUCAUCAGGACCCUCCGGAGGCGCCUGUGAGAGCCGGGCAGACAGCCCAAGCUGCGGCUGGCCCGGGCGCUGGUGGCGGUGGUCGUGGUCCUGUUUGCACUGUGCUUCCUGCCCAGCUUCCUGGCCCGCGCCCUGGUGGCCGUCUUCCAUGGCACGGGCAGCUGCAGGGUCCUGGGAGUGAUGGUGCACGUGUCCGACGUGGCCAACGGCCUCAGCUACCUGCAGAGCGUGCUGAACCCGGUGCUGUAUUGCUUCUCCAACCCCGCCUUCAGAUGCUCCUACCGCAAGGUCUUCAACACCCUCAGAAGCCGCGGCAGGGAAACCGAGGCCCCGGCGGACAUCAGAGACUCCUACUCCUGAGGCCGGCCAGCCCUCCGGGCCCGGGGACACGGGAAGGGCGGGGAUCUGAGCGCUGACGACCAGCGCUGAGGGUUGCGGGAAGAGGAAACUGAGUCCGCGCCCCCAGGAACGGGACCCAUGCGUCGGCACCCCUGCGGCCAAGCUUGGACCCAUGAGGUCUGCGGGAUUUCCUUCGGCUCUCCUGCCCCAGCAGUCGGCAGAGCGGAGAAGCAAGCGGAGCUCCUUUCCAGCCACGACGAUGCUGACCUGGAAGCAGGCUGCCGCCGUGCUCUCAUGGGAGGGGCUCUCGCGGGUCCGUCACGGGAGCGGGGAGGCUGAGCCGCGCUGCCCUCGCUCUGUCUGGUCUCGGUGAGUCGUCCGCUUUCCCUGUCCCGGGAGUCUGCUCCCCCGGCUGCUGCGCAGACCUGUGAUGGCCGGCCCGGGAAAGUGGCCGGCCGGGCUCAAGGCCAUGUUGGGGGGUGUGCACCUCACUGUGCUCCCUGCUCGGCUCUGGCUGGCACGUAGCGUUUCCAGUUUAGAACACUUCGCUUCGUCUGCCUAGACGGUACAUGAUGCGAGAGACAGCACAGUCCCCUAAUCUAUUGUAAGAAACACCUUCCUACUAAAUUUCUCAAAACUGCUGCCAGAAUGUCUCUCUUGAGGUCUGAAUGUCUAAAUGCUUUUGAAACUCGCUCGGCUUCCCGGGCUCCGAGAAGGCAUCGUAGUUAAUGCCUCGCGGAGAAAUGCACGGUGCAAGGCACCAAACUGCACCUGAAUCGGGGCUUUCCACCUGACAGCGGGGCCCACCUGGCACAGAGGGGCCCCCGGGGACCUGCCCAGUCCCGGGAGGCCAGGCAGGGCCUGGGGCCGCCCUGAACCCAGCCCUGGCCACACGAUGCCCCACAACGGGAGCUCACGAGGGUGACCACAGUUUGAAAGUCUCCUUUCUGACUGCUUUGUCUCAUUCUCUGUUCAAACCUGGCCCUAGAAGGGACGCCCCAAGAUGCUUAGAGGAGGGACAAGGUCUAGUGUGUGAGGAGGCCCAGCCCGUGGCCUUCCAGGACCUGCACAGCCUCAUCCACGCAGACAGACCCCGCCUUUCUCCGGGCUGCCCCAUGACCUUGGUAACAUCCAGGGUGAAACAUGGUGCCUGAGGCCAGAAGAAAUGGCAACCCUCCCUUCAGAUCGUUCGCCUGCCCGGGAGGCACCUUCUCGGAAGCAAAGUUACGACACGAGAGGGUCCCUGCCGCUGUGCUCUGCCAACCACGGUCCCCAGAGGGCAGCGAACCCGCUCAGCGAGCCUGGCUGCUACUGGCCGGGGUCAAGUCCCCUCCAGUGGGUGGACGUCAGGCGUCUGGCCUGCAUCUGCGGCCGGACAAGCAUGCAGGAGCUUCGGAUAAAACUCUCUGCCCUCACACUGUCUACAUCGCACCUGUGUUCUUGUCGUGGGCUCAGGGCACGCGCCGGCCCACAUGACGCUACUUGUUAAAAAUGUAGCAUUUAGCGCAACCCUUUCCCACGUCUUGAUAAACUCCCCACGUGCUUUCUUUACUCGAUCCUCGUAACCUGUCCAGAUGUUUCUUAACCGUUUCCCCGAAGAUGGACACUGAGAGCUGGUGCCCUCUGCUCGGGGAAAUCAGGCUGUGAGGCCACACAGCCCCCCGGAGACCUGGCUGUGGUCCGGCCCACACCAGCCGCCUGAACAGGCUCCCGGCCCAGCGCCAGGCUCUGCAGAACCUUCCCGGCAGGGCUGUCUCCAGGAUCCUUGCCAGGCGAGCCAGCUCUGUCCAGGAGCUUAGCCGUGGGCUGCACUCCCUCCCCCCAAUCCCUGCUCAUUAGCCGGGCGACAGGGGGUCUCAUCCCAGCAGAGCGCUGG